AUGCCGUAUGGGACCGAUACGCCCGCAAGCUCACCGGGGACUGAUCAUCCAGCGGAAAAAAUUAUUGUCGGACGGAAGAAACGAACUGGACAGGGAUGGUAUGCUAGCCUAUCUGAAGAUAAGAAAGAAGAGUACCGCAAGAAACAACGGCAGGACCGACUCCACAAGAAAUCUGAAGCUCACAUUGUUAAUAUGGAUUUACCCCAAUCCUCUACUAUUGAUCAUGUUUCACCUGUUGCAUCCUAUUCCCCUACAAUCUCCAUGAGUGAUGAACAUAAUUCACAAAAUGGGAAUGCGGAACAGAAGAAAACAGUUGGUGAAGGAUGGUAUGCCAGACUAUCCGAACAUAAGAAAGAAGAAUAUCUGCAUAAGCUUCGGAUGACCCGUCUACAAAAGAAAACUUCAACUCUUGGUGUGAAUAAAGAUGAACCGCAACCAUCCAACUCGCAAACUUUACUUGGUUUUAUGCAUGUUGGAACAACACAAUCCAUUGGAACAGCACAACCCGACCUCAGCCAGGUGGUGGACACGCCAUGCACUGUACCUACUAGAUAUGAUCAAAAUGCUAUUGACUGGAUGCACAACAAUCCAACUUACCAACGUCGGGCACUGGUUGGCAAAGAUAUAUGUAACAAAGAACUAACUCCAACGGAUAUGCUGGAGCAAGAAAGCCUCAAGCCAACAAGUUAUGUCUCAGGUCGCUCCCUUCAAAUGAUAGAUGCUUCUUCUUGCAAGAAACGACAGCGUAUGAGGGGACAAUAUGCAAUGAUGACACCGGAACAAAAAGAUGGUGUAUUGCAUAGGAAUCGUGCUUAUAAGAUGGUUAAACGACAUACCCUCUCACUGCAUCAGCAAUCUGGCAUUGCUUAUGUACCUGCUGGAUCCGCAUACACUUCACCAUCUAACCCUGCCAUCCAUGUACAACCAUCUAGAGCACAUAACCCUACAGGUGACAGAAAUAGUGAUGGUGAAUCUGAUCCUGCAUGCAUUUCUGAACCAUUUGAACAAUGUGGCAGGUUCGAAGAUAAUGUGGACACCAUGCAAGAGGAGGAAGAAACAAUGCACGAUGACGACGAGGAGUCAAGGAUUUUUAGUGGUCUAGGCGAUGUGUUCGAUUCUUACAGAGUGACAACUGAUGUUCCUCAAAGUCAACAGAAUGAUGAUCCUUUUGACUUCGUAUACCACAAUCUACCACAGAAGCAUCAUGUUUUGAAGCCGUAA